CAGGUAGACCAGUUUAGAGAUGUCAACCCGGUGGCUGCGAAACCAGUUAAUGAGAUCAACUAAAGGUUGGAGCUGUAGAAUAUUCCCUUCACAUUAAAAUACUGUAUUUCUCCCUUUGCUAUGUUUAGACCCAUAAAGAAUAAACAUUGUGAGGAGUUGCAAGGACCUUUCACAUGUAACAAAACGUUCUGUAUGGGUCCUUCAUAUAACCAUAAACAAACAUUUCCAGGAACCAAAUAUUAGCUAAGAAUAAAGUCAUUUGAGGUUGUUAUCAAUUUAAUUUUUAUUCCCUAGCUUUUAACAGCGUGUAGUGUUAAUACUUUCUUCCACCUAUUAACAAAGACAGAGAGAGAGAGAGAGAGAGAGGCUGUUCAACUAUAUUCCCUCAGCAGUAAUUCGGGGCUUUUGGUUACAACGCCCUGUAGCUGUAUGGUGAUGAGGUAUAGCUUCAUGCGCCAGAAGUUCUCAAGUCUUUUUUUCAGUGGGAUAUUUGUAAUGUAUCAUCUUGGCUGUGUAUUAAAUGAACAUUACCGCUGAGGGCUCGGUGGCAACACCCUGGAAAAUUCUGCCGGCCGCCUCCAGCACAUGGCCUCCAGCGCCGGAGCUGAAUGGAGCUGUUCUCAACAACUGCCUCCUGUUUACCAUGUAUGGUUAAAUAACAGCCGCGCGAACGAGCCACUGCGAGGAAGUUGAACUCCAGGUUCACAAUGAAGCCGUCUUUCUCAUGACAACUGGAAUAUGUUAAGUCGAGUUCCAUUCAGCAGAUGUGGCCCCGUGUGUGCCGGGUAUUGUGAGGAAGGGAGAAGCAUGUCUCGCCUGUCUCUGAGCCGGUCUCCGGUCUCUCCUCUGGCCACGCAGGGGAUUCCACUCCCGGCUCAGCUCACCAAAUCCAACGCGCCCGUUCACAUCGACGUGGGCGGACACAUGUACACCAGCAGCCUGGCGACGCUCACCAAAUACCCAGACUCACGCAUCAGUCGGCUGUUUAACGGAACAGAGCCGAUUGUUCUGGACAGUUUGAAGCAGCAUUACUUUAUUGACCGGGAUGGAGAGAUAUUCCGCUACAUACUGGGAUUCCUGCGGACCUGCAAACUUCUCCUGCCCGAUGAUUUUAAGGAAUUUAAUCUCCUGUAUGAAGAGGCGAGGUAUUACCAGCUAACACCCAUGAUCAAAGAGCUGGAGAGAUGGAAACAGGAGCGUGAGCAGAGACGUCUGUCACAGCCGUGUGACUGUCUGGUGGUCCGCGUGACCCCUGACCUGGGCGAGAGGAUCGCUCUGAGCGGUGAGAAGAUCCUCAUCGAGGAGAUCUUUCCUGAGACCGGUGAUGUCAUGUGUAACUCCGUCAACGCCGGCUGGAAUCAAGAUCCCACUCACGUCAUCCGGUUCCCACUCAACGGAUACUGCAGACUGAACUCAGUGCAGGUGCUGGAGCGUCUCUUUCAGAAGGGCUUCAGCGUGGCCGCGUCUUGCGGCGGCGGCGUCGACUCCUCGCAGUUCAGCGAAUACGUGCUGUGCCGUGAGGACCGGCGGAGUCAGUCCAUGAACACGCCCAUCAGGAUAAAACAAGAGCCGUUGGACUAGAUAGACGUUCAGGCCCUCUGCCCCUGACACGAACUACACAAACACACACACGGACUCUUCAGAGCUCAGCGUACAGACGGGGGAAUGUAUUUUAUCACACGCAAAUCACCAGAACCGAAACAGGAGCAGCUUUAAUCCACCAAUGAGAGGACGUCAUCGGGAUGCAGGCCCCUCACUCAUUACAGUAUGAUUUAUAAUCUUAACAUGCGGUGAAAAGUGUCGGACAUCCCGAGUGGACGGACAGGAUGAACGAAGGCACUGAGGCCAGAAUGACUCUCAGCAUCAGGGGUCGAGGGUCAACUCAUCUCAUGACUGCUUUCCAGUUCAUUAUCGUUGUUUAUAAAACGCGACUUUUUCACACCUUAUAGCAACACGUAUGCAGUUAUCGGUACUAAGGUUCUUGUGUUAUUUUGUGUUAUAUGAAGGAUGACGGGAUCGGAGGCAUUGUGUUGGAGAGUUUAAGAGAGGUUUUUCCUGGCAGCGCUCGCAGGAACAGUAUUACACCCUGCGGCCGUGUGGUUUAAUGCGUGCGCUGCAGAACACGUCUUUGUUUGAGAACUGCGGGUGUGCCAUAGUUAUUCAUAUCAUCAGACGUUUGAUAUUAAUCUCGAAAGAGAUCCGAUCGAAAGACUUGUAAACGGUGCAAUGAGCUGAGGGUCCAAACGAAAUCUUAAUGAUCUUCUAAGGCCAAAUAUUGGAGGACUGCGUCUAUACGAUGAUUAACUUUUAAAUUCAGUUCUGACACGAAGUGAGCGCAAAAACAAGCAGCCGGUGUGUUUAAAGAUUCAGUGGAAAUAAUUUUAACUUUCAGCUCCUGACGGAAUGAGGCUAGUCGCUAUGAUGCAUUCAUUUUUUACGCCGUCUUUGUGAAUAGAUCAUCAUUAUUCAUUACCCCGAUUUAUCACGUCAAUUUGUCAAGUAGUGGCUUUACUGUUUUUGAUGUGGAAACGUUGUUGGACAAAUUCAUUGUGAGUCAAUGACAGAUGUGUUGUGUAUAGGCCGACUGAACAAAGCUGUUUUUUCAGAAUUUAGAGGUGGUACGUGUGGUCUGUGCAAUGAACGCUUUUGUCAUAUAUCUACGGCCCACACGUGCAACACAAUCGCUGGAAUUAACCAGAAAAGUUUCCCUGUCUGUCUGAAUUGCAAUCAUUUGAUUUACAAAUAUGAUACAUUUAUUGUUUUUGUGAUGUAUUAAAAUACUGUCAUUAUAUACAGGCUAACCUAAAUCAUUUUGGGUUUUUAACCAAACAAAACAUACGCAAUACGCCCUUUUCACAAUGACGUCACUUAAUUUACGCCUUUGCGGAAAGCAGUGUAUCGUAACAUCCGUCUUGCAACAAACAAGGAGAAGAAGAAGAACAACUUUCAUUUUGCCGACCAGCUAGAAUUUAACAACAGUGGAAAAAAAACUGGCAGAACAUUCAAGUAUUUAUCGUAGCACCAUCGCUAUCACAAAAAAAUCUUUGAUCUUGUUGUAAGCGAAAAUUUCUCUGCAAGAUGUUGUACUUCAUCGAGCCAUAUUUGGGGCAGCUGUGCAAGUGACUUGGUAAAGUCCAUUCUGAGGUGCUAGCGGUGUCAUGAGAUAUCGAGUCCCCCCUCGAAUUCGGUUCCCUUAAGGACCCCGAGUGAUUCAAUUGGCUGAAAGAACGUCUAUUUGGGUACUCUUUUAGCGCCUGAUUGCAAUUCUUACAAAAUAACAUUACGAUAGAUAAUUAAUUGCUAUUAACGUAUUUUACAUUAAGUUAAGUAAAAGUACAAUAAAUCAAACAAAUAUCAUUCUUACUGUUUUAGUUAGCCUACGUAUCAAUUAGCAUAGCAUAGAACUACAUUGUUAGCUAGUGCUUGCGAAAAAAAGCUAGGCCUAGCACUUACGGAACAUUCACAAAAAUGUAAAUUUUUGUACCAUCGGGGUCUUAAAGUGGACCGGAUUCGAGGGGGGACUCGAUACCUCAUGACAGCGGAAGUAACGAUACACUCCUUCGCGGCACAACGGAUGAUGCGUGACGUCAUGUGAAAAGAGCCUAUUGUGUAACAUUUUGAAAGCAUUCCCUUUUAACUUCAAUUAUAUGUUAUCGAAUGACUGGUGUGAUGUCAGAGGGCUGGAAAAAAAAAGAUUCGUCCAACACCCAGAUCAAAAAACAAUGGGUAAAAGCUUUCUCUCCCAAAUAUUUGCAUCUGAAAAUCAAAUCAAAGAACAAAAUCAAAGUUCAGACAACAAUGCCAUUUUUUCUCAGUUCGCGUUUAUUGUGUAGUUUUGUUUGCCAUCAGUCGAGGUGUUUCAUCGAGUCCAGUGGUCUUUGGGGAGAACCGAAGCCCACUCGAGCUUGCCCACUUCUGUCAUUGAGUCAGCACAUAGAGAAUGGCCAAACACUGCUUUCAUCUCACAGGCUCCACAUUUACACCCCAACACACAAAUGUGCUCAGAAGAUCAAACGGUGACGUUUGGGACAUACAGUGACCAUCACUGCCUGAUGUCAGAUAUAAAUACGCUUAGAGCUGACGAGAAGGAAAACCUUUGAUGAUUUGAACAUUGACGUUGUGUGGAAUGAAAAAAAUGACGUUCGUCACUUAACACUAUCUGACGUAAGCGUCUGUUGACCAAUGAGAAUUCAGACAGCCCGGAUCGGUCGUGCUUUGAGAAAUGUUAUAAAUGGCAACAUUUCUCCUUGAUUUCAUGUCAUUUUGCACAUCCUUUAAUGUUUUGCGCGUUUACAUCCGUCAGAUGUUGGUGUUCAUUGUAAACGUCAGCAGGUUAAAAGUUGGUACUCUGCAGUUUUUUUCUUAAUUGGAUGAAAUCAAAAUGGCCAGCCGGGAUGACAGUUUAGUUUCUGUUAGCGAACCCUAAACAGAGAUAUGUCGACUGCUUCAACACAAAGCUGAUGGAUAAAAAAUAAGCAAAGCAAUACGUCAUGUACAUAAACUUAUAGCUAAAAGAAACACAUUUCAAAAUGUCUUACAAGGUAAAAUUGUCAUUAUUUAAUGUAUUAUUAAUUAGACUGUUGUAUUAAAGGGCAUGUGUUUAUUUGACAGUGUCUUUUUUAUUUACUUGCAUAUUGUCUUUAAUAAAAAAGCGUUUAAUUCA